GGGUUUCCGCAUGGUAAUAGCGCCUGCCGCAGAAAAACAAAACCUAAUUUACCAAAUUUGGACAGAGAGAUUCUCAUAUCUUAAGAUCCUUGUUCUGUUGUGUUAAAUUUAAUCCUCAGACUCGCCUCUGUCUGUCUCAAUUUCCAAAUCGCUGCAAUAUGAUUCCUCACUGAAGCAGAACAUGUAUGAGGAUAUGGCUAAUACAAAGGACUCUUGGUUUUUUGACAAGAAUUUUAAUGGUCUGUUAGAUGAGACUUUUGAUGAUGUCAUCAAGUUUUUUGAUUUCCCACCUGAAGAUGUGGAACCUAAUGUUGUGGAAGAAGACUGGGAUGCUCAAUUUAAACGCCUUGAAGAGCCAUGUUUUGAUGUUUUUUCAGCAUCAUUAGGUGGGCUGCAUGGCAAAACUCAAAUUGAAAAUCCCAAACUUGGGAAGAGUGUGUCUGUUUCUUGUAAUGAGAUUUCCCCAAUAAAACAGCUGGCAAAGACUGCUGGACCAACAUAUGGAAAAACUGUUCCCAGCCAGAAUGUCUCUUACCAUGGGAAAGAUUUGCAUCAAUUCCAAACCUACAGUCCAGUUUCUGUUUUUGAAAGCAGUAGUUCUGCCUCAGUAGAGAAUUCCAACUUUGAUCUAUCUGUCAUACCAGUAAAGCGGGCUCGAAGUAAACGCCUGUGUCGUUCAAGCUUCAGUCGUCUAUUUUCAAUUCCUUUCAUCCCUUAUUCACCAGCUUUGAAAAAAUAUCAGAGGACAGAUGCCUCUGAAUCAGAUUUAGAAACACACCUUGCUGGGAAACUAUUAAACAGAGAAAAAAAACAGAGGAAAAAGGAUCUCUCCCUGCUAUCUGGUGAUGUUGAGAUGAAGAGAUCGUCAUCACUGCAUUCAGUUGCCUCAAGAAAAUGCAUGCAUUGUGAGGUGACAAAGACCCCACAAUGGAGAGAGGGACCUAUGGGUCCCAAGACACUGUGCAAUGCUUGUGGCGUCCGAUACAGGUCUGGCCGUCUCUUUCCGGAAUACCGGCCUGCUGCUAGCCCCACUUUUGUAGCAUCAUUGCACUCAAACUGUCACAAGAAGGUCGUGGAGAUGAGAAGCAAGGUCAUCUAGGAAGCUGUUAGGGGUUCUAUGUUGGCUUUCAUCAAAUCUUCCUGGAAAUUCUGUUGGCUAAUUUUGUGUAGGAUUUUAUUGAGGAAGAAACUAUAGUCCCAAACUGGAUCCUCCUUAUUUAUUGUUUUCUUUUUAGUCUAAUGUUAAAUUGCUUAAGCAUUAUUUGUUGAAUGUAAAUUGAUUGGUGAAAUAAGAUGUAGUAGCAAAAGAUCACUGGUUAGUGCUUGCUAGGCAUUCAGGAAACAUGGUAAUGAAAGAGA